GCCACAUAGGUAGCUUUGGAAUUGGGGUCUUGUCAUCACAGUGAAGCAUGACAGCGACACACCCACUGAGAUGAGAUGGGCAUACAAGGAACUCCCCCACACCCAAACAGAUUCUAAAAGCUGGCAUGUGGGUCAGUUUUCUUACAAAGCAGACUUCAUCAUGAGCGAACCUCAAAGUGUUCCCGAGCAGAUGGCAGCAGGGAAGAGCCAAGGAGGAGCAGGUGGGAGCUAUAAGGCUGUAGUUUUUGAACUUGAGAACUUCCAGGGCCGGAAGAUGGAACUCUCGGCCGAAUGUAAGGAUCUGUGCGAGAAAGGCUUUGAGAAAGUGGGCUCUGUCCUCAUCGAGUCUGGUCCAUGGGUGGGAUUUGAGCGCCAGGCCUUUGGUGGAGAGCAGUUUGUUCUGGAGAAAGGUGAAUACCCUCGAUGGGACACGUGGUCCAACAGCCAGGCUAAUUACAGCCUCAUGUCCCUCCAUCCCCUGAGAGUGGACAGUGCAGAACACAAAAUCCACCUCUUUGAGAACGCUGGUUACAAUGGGCGCAAGAUGGAGAUCGUGGAUGAUGAUGUGCCCAGCCUGUGGGCACACGGCUUCCAGGACCGUGUGGCCAGCAUCAAAGUACUGAAUGGAACCUGGGUAGGCUACAUGUACCCUGGAUAUCGAGGCCGCCAGUUUGUCUUUGAGAAGGGGGAGUUCAAGCAUUGGAAUGACUGGGAAGCCAACCUGCCUCAGAUCCAGUCGAUCCGGCGUGUGCGUGACAUGCAGUGGCACAAACGUGGCUGCUUCCAGCUGCCUGCCACGCCUGCUGUCCCUGCGGCCGUCGGGAGCAGCUGAAGGAGAGCACUGCCGGCCAGCAGUCACUCGGACUCCGCUAAAGCCAGCAAAGCCACGAAGAAACGGCGGAUGCACCAAUGACCCGGUCCUAGCGUCCAGUGAUAAUGUCCAUGUACUACCCUCUUAAUAAAGAGUAAGACCCA